AUGAGCCAGAAGAAAACUUCUUACCAAGCUUUGAAAACAGCACAGGCUAAAUACCAGGACUGUGGAGAUAAUGUGCAACGGAUCAAUGCAAACGAUAAGAAGGAACUGCUUGUACCUCUAACAUCAUCACUUUACGUUCCUGGAAAAGUGAAAGAUAACGAUAAAUUUCUAAUUGAUGUUGGUACUGGCUACUAUAUCGAGAAAACCACUGAACAAGCUCUGACUUUUUUCCAAAACAGAUUGACCAAGUUGACGGAAGAUGCCAAAAAACUAUCACAGCUAAUCAAUGAGAAGCUCCAGGCCUUGGAACGGGUGGAUAGCAUACUUAGAACGAAAAUCAUGGAAAGAGAGAAGAAGCAAUAA